AUGAGACUGUCCGUUACCGCUGUUGCGGCGAUCCUCGCCAGCGGCGCCAUCGCCUCCCCCUGGUGCAACCGACCCGGCCAGCCAUGCAAGCGAGAGGCCAUGCCCGAGCCGACCCUCGCUCCUCGUCUCCCUGAGCCCGAGCCCGAGGCCUGGUGCAACCGCCCUGGCCAGCCCUGCAAGCGGGAGGCCAACCCCGACCCUUGGUGCACUCGCCCCGGUCAGCCCUGCAAGCGACACCCCGAGCCGACCAUGGCCCCUCGCGCCCCGGAGCCCGAGCCCGAGGCCGAGCCCGAGGCUUGGUGCAACCGUCCCGGACAGCCGUGCAAGAGGGAGGCCAACCCCGACCCGUGGUGCACUCGCCGCGGCCAGCCUUGCAAGCGCGCCGAACCCACCCUGAUUGCUCGCGUCCCUGAGCCCGCCCCCUGGUGCACUCGCCGAGGCCAACCUUGCAAGCGUACCGCCGCCCCCGUCGCCGACAACGUCGCCCGAGAGCCCGUCGACCGGGUCAUCGACACGCUGGCCAACGUGGUCCGCUCCGAGGGCGAGAUCGCCGCUCGUGAGCCCCAGCCCGAGCCGUGGUGCAACCGCCCCGGCCAGCCCUGCAAGCGAACCCCGGGCCCGGACGUCAGCAACGCCGUCGGCGGAUCCGCCUGGAGCGCCAAGCGCGCCAUCGCCGACCUCAUCCAGCUUGUUGGCCGCUCCACCGGCAACCCCGAGCAGUACGUCCGCGACCUUGGCAUGGAGGAGGAGGUCAAGCGGUCCCCCGAGGCUGAGGCCGACCCGUGGUGCGUCCGCCCUGGACAGCCCUGCCGCCGCUCCAUCGUCGACCUGAGCGAGGCCCACGAGGCCGACAAGCGCUGGUGCUACCGACCCGGCCAGCCUUGCCGCAAGGCCAAGCGCGUUGCUGAGGCCGUCCUCGGCGCCAUCGGCAGCGAGGACCUCGCCAAGCGCGACGAGUCGGGCGCGCUUGAGACCAUCCACAACUUUGCCCGCGAGAUCGCGGACAUGUAA